AUGGCAACGCCAAUCCCAGGAAAAGACUGUUGCCAUGAAAGGAUAAAUGGUGCUGAGAUCCACGUUGGAAAUUCCCUCAAUGACAAUGGCAACGCCAAUCCCAGAUGUGCUGUUAUCUCAUCUAUCGCAGCUGGGAGCUCAACAACAUUUGUUUGCAAUGGAAUGGAAGGCCAGUAUGUAAACAUUGUGAUUCCUGGAGGAAAAAAAUACCUGACACUGUGUGAGGUGGAAGUCACUGGUCAACCUUCUGGAAACACUGCUCCAGCUGCUAAUAUUGCUAAAGGUGGAAAAGUGACUCAGUCCUCCGUGGGGUGGAAAGGUGUCCCCGAAAGAGCCAUUGAUGGAAAUGAUGCUAGCAUAUAUGGAAAGGGAUCCUGUACACACACAUCACUACAAACCAAACCCUGGUGGAGACUGGACCUCCUAAAGAUAUAUAAAAUCAACACUGUCACCAUCACCAACAGAAAAGACUGUUGCCAUGAAAGGAUAAAUGGUGCUGAGAUCCACGUUGGAAAUUCCCUCAAUGACAAUGGCAACGCCAAUCCCAGAUGUGCUGUUAUCUCAUCUAUCGCAGCUGGGAGCUCAACAACAUUUGUUUGCAAUGGAAUGGAAGGCCAGUAUGUAAACAUUGUGAUUCCUGGAGGAAAAAAAUACCUGACACUGUGUGAGGUGGAAGUCACUGGUCAACCUUCUGGAAAACACUGCUCCAGCUGCUAAUAUUGCUAAAGGUGGAAAAGUGACUCAGUCCUCCGUGGGGUGGAAAGGUGUCCCCGAAAGAGCCAUUGAUGGAAAUGAUGCUAGCAUAUAUGGAAAGGGAUCCUGUACACACACAUCACUACAAACCAAACCCUGGUGGAGACUGGACCUCCUAAAGAUAUAUAAAAUCAACACUGUCACCAUCACCAACAGAAAAGACUGUUGCCAUGAAAGGAUAAAUGGUGCUGAGAUCCACGUUGGAAAUUCCCUCAAUGACAAUGGCAACAGCCAAUCCCAGAUGUGCUGUUAUCUCAUCUAUCGCAGCUGGGAGCUCAACAACAUUUGUUUGCAAUGGAAUGGAAGGCCAGUAUGUAAACAUUGUGAUUCCUGGAGGAAAAAAAUACCUGACACUGUGUGAGGUGGAAGUCACUGGUCAACCUUCUGGAAACACC